AUGGACGUCAACAGCAGAUUGGGGAUGAGGGACACUGUGCUGGCGCUUUUACUCGCUGUACUCCAGGGAUUUCCUCUCGGUGAAACGGCCCCGAACCCGUCGCCGCUGGUUGGAUCCAACUGGGGGAACCCAAGGAGAUAUGUUCACCUGCAGACAUCCACAGAACUCAACAACUUCUACUUGGAGAUCAGAUUAGAUGGCACUGUGCGCAAAACUACAGUCAGGAGUUCAUAUAGUGUGAUUUUACUGAAAGCUGAAACAAGAGAGCGCAUUGCCAUCCUGGGCGUCAAAAGUAGCCGUUACCUGUGUAUGGAUUUGGAGGGCAACCCAUUCAGCUCUCCUACCUGCCUCAGGGAUGACUGCCUGUUCAACCACAAACUUCUGGAAAAUAACCGGGACGUGUACUACUCUAGCCGGACCGGCAUCCUAUUUAACCUGGAGGGAUCCCGGCAGGUGUUCACAGCUGGCCAGAACCUGCCGCAGACCUCCCUCUUCCUGCCCAAGAAGAACACGGUUCCGCUGGAGCGUCUCCUGCUGCACAGGGAGAAGAGGAAUCAGGCGGUGGAUCCCUCCGACCCGCACAACGUCUACUUGGGUCAGACCGAGGAGGGCUCGGACUCUCGGGCCGUGCCGGAGGACGACGCCGACUUGGAGGUGGAGGUGGAGGCCGGGGACGAUGGUGGCAACGUGUCCCGGGAGACGCCGCUGGCUCUGUCGACCCACGACCCCUGGAAUGUGCACUCGUCCAACCCGGCCAGCCCCCGGAGCACCGGGACCAUGGGGUGA